GUAGCGUCCCAACUUCUGGGAUUCUCUUAAGGCCCGGCUGUAGGUUUUCACUUACCUGCUGUGGUUGGGUGGGGGGAUGCCCACCUUUCUGCAGUGUCCCUUUGCCCCACCCCAGGGGGCUCUCUCCCCUCACUCCCAGAGAAAAGGUGCACUUCCUUAACUCCUCUACUUGGGGCUCUAAAUAAGGGUCCUAAAUGGGGUAGCCCUUUCUUUCCCCAACCUGGAGUAUUUGGGAAGGGUGAGGGGGCUUUUCCUGGAGAGGGAGACCCUAGACUCCUUCCCGUGAAGGCUCUCUUCCCUGAGCCCCAGAUCCCGGGUCCUUCACCAUGCCCACCCCUCUCCCACCUUCCUGGCGGCAUUGUCUGGUGGGUGAAAAGUAUAGAAAUGGAAGCCCCAUGGGGAGCUUGUCUUGGGGAGGGGUCUGGGUAGAGAGCGGCAGGCAUCAAAUGUGGUGCUCUUCGGCAGCCCCCGACCCGGACCCCUGAGGAGCAGGCAGCCAGAGACCCUGCUUCCCACCCCACCACCUCCAUGCCUCAGCCUUCGCCUUCCCCAGGAAUGAGCUUUGCAUACAACAUCCCUUGCCGACUGCCAUGAGAAGAGGGGGCCCCUCUGCGUCUGAGCCCCCCACCCCAUUUCACCUAGGGGUGGCACCCAUCGAACACUCUUGUCCGCCUCAUUUUGAAACCAAAAAACUGCUCCUUCACUUUCACCUGGAGGCCCCGGGGAGAGACCCUGCGGGUUGGUGCCCAAGAGGUGAUUGCCACCCCAGGGGUCACCUGGGGACCCCGGAUCUCCCCUGGGGGACUUGGCUGCUGCUGCUGUUCUGUAUUUGCCUCUUGUGAUCCUGGCCUUUACCCGUGUCCACUCCCCGCCCAGGAGAGGCCUUGGUACCCCCUCUGGCCCCCGAGUGUUCCUCAGCCUCGCAUCCCUACAGCCCAGCAGCCCUGCCCCUCCCCAGCACCCAGCUGGGCCAGAGAGAGCCGAUUGUGCCAACGAGGACUGGGCCCUGCCCGGCUGCCCACCUCAGGGAUGGGCGCCUCAUGCCUGUCUCGCCACCUCCUGUGCCAAUGUUGUCCCACCCCCACCUGGGGUGGGGUGCAGCUUCCACUUACUGGUUAGAAGACACCACUGCCCAACUCUUCUCCCUCCCUGUCUGGUGUCCUGUGCCCCAUCUGUCUGUCUGUUCGUCUGUACUCCCCUAGAAGUAUUUGGCCACAUAUAAAACCGCCAUCCUGUCCUUUGCAGCCGCCUCCCGAGCCUGCUUCUUCGUUCCUGCCACACGGCCAGCCUGGGCACGUGGGAGCUGCCCAUGCAGGGGAGCGUGGAGGCGGGGUGUGCGAAUACGCUGGGCUUAGUUGUUUUUUCAGUAGGAGAGCUGAUGCUCUGUUCUGCGCAUUCCGGCCAGCCUGCUGGGAGCUGUGCAGCCACUUCCAGCUGCAGCUUCCCAUCCAGCCCCAAGUCUUAUCCGUUCCCCAUAAGUAGGGCCAGAAAAAAAGUGGGAAGCUGCGGUGGAGAAAUGGGGUGUGGCAGGCACGAUUCAGAGGGUGAGAUCCAGUGUUUCUGCUCCUGUGGCCUUGGCAGCUGCCCAGCGGCUCCUGGGAGAGGGCGGCUGAGUUCCUUCUGGCUCCCUCCUCCCCCGAUGCCCCUGCUAGCCAGCUUUGGGGGAUGGAAGAGGUCUACUUGGCGGGGGCAGAGAACGGGGGCUCCCCCAGCCCCAGCCUGAGAACAUCAAGAGUGAGAAAGUUAGCAGCCGACUGUCAGUUCCGUCAUCACCAGCUGGCAGGAUGUGGACCCCUGACCGUUGUCACUGCCGGCACCUGUAUCCUGCCUCACGUGGCACUCACAAACCAUUUCUCCACCCUCCUGGUUCUUGUUUCUGGGGUGGUGGACCUGGAGGACUAGAGCUCCUGGGUCCCUCACCUGAAUGCUUCUGCCCAAAGUGUGGGGGGGGGCACGUGUAGAGGACAGCAGACAUCUAGACCUUCCAGGUGGGAGGUUAUGAGACACAAGGAAAGGAACUGGGCAGGUCCUCAGGUCAGGUGGUUGGCCCAACGUCCCAUGCCAGGGAGUUGAUGGCAAAGACUGCUGGGAUUGGAGUCCGGUCUCUUCCUCCCAGCCUAGCACUCUUACUCCGCUGCCUCUCCAUGGAAUCAAUCCUUUAUUCCCGUGUUUACUCAUUGAACAUUUAUUGAGCACCUACCAUGUACCAGGUACAAGUCUAAAAGGGAGCCACAGACAAUUCAAGACAGCAUGGUGAGCUCUCUGCUGGGAGAAGCACUGGGUUCUGCAGGAACCUGGCAGAAGGGUAAUUACCUUAGCCUGGGGAGGUCAGGAGGGGCUUCUCAGAGGAGGUGAGGCUUGAGUGAAGUCUACAAGGCUGGUUAGGAGUUAACUGGUGGGAAGCGUUCAAGACAGGAAGCAGGUGACACAUGGCAUGUUCCUGGCCCUUCACCAGCAAAGCGUGCUCUCAGGGUGGUGGUCAGAGAAGGGUCAGUAGGAGCAGAUCACAGUGGGCCUUGAGUCUUGUGAGGGAGUUUGGGCUUUGUCCUGAAGCUGUUGUGCAGGAAUCGAAGGAUUGCAAGCGGGAAUGGCCAAAGUUGCCUUGGUUGCGGUUUGGAGAUUGGAGGGCCUAGCCUGGACACAGCUGCAAUACUGCGGAGCACAAGGUUAUCAUCGUGGGACUGGACAAUGCGGGAAAGACCACCAUUCUCUACCAGCUCAGCAUUGAUGUCAUCUGGAAGCUUGUUAGAAGUGCAGAACACUGGGCCCCAGCCUAAACUCACUGAUCAGAAUCUGCAUUUUAACAAGACUCCCAGCCUGAUGACUGAGGUGGUCCAUACAUCUCCCACGAUCGAGAGCAACGCGGAGAAGAUUGUUCUGCAAAAGACACACUUCCUCGUGUGGGACAUAGGGGGACAGGAAGCUCUGUGCUCUACCUGGAACACAUACUAUGCCAACACCGAGUUCAUCAUCCUUGUGAUCGACAGCACGGACCGGGAUCGGCUGCGGACCACGCGGGAGGAGUUGUAUCAGAUGCUGGCCCACGAGGCUCUGCAAGAUGCUUCCGUCCUGAUCUUUGCCAACAAGCAGGAUAUGAAGAACUCCAUGACCACCGUGGAGAUCUCUCAAUUCCUCACUCUUAGCGCCAUCAAAGACCACCCAUGGCACAUCCAGGGCUGCUGUGCCGUCACCGGGGAAGGAAUCUGGCUCACACUUAGCUCCUGGGCCCAGUCAGGCGAGCACGCACCCACAGCUGAGAUGCUGUGGGAGCGGGAUCACAGCAGGCUGCGGACCCAGGUGCCUGGAGACUUUAGGCAGGUCAGCCCAAGGAACCACACGUUUCUGGCAGUGUCCUUGCCAUUCCCUCCCCAACCCACAUCCAUUGUCUGUGCUGGACUGCUGCCUGCGGGGCUGCAGUGGAUGAAAUCUCAGGCCACCGCCAACUGACAUCCCAACCUGAGGCCAACCCAAAACUCGGGGCAGUUUUGCUUGGACUAUGUAGGUGGAACACCUAAGUGAGAAUGACUUUUCUACGGUUCUCCAAUGGGAUCUGGGUCAGCUAUGGACAAUGAGAUUGCCAUAGGCCACCAACCAACCCUGGCACCGAGGGGCUCGACCUCCUGCCCUGACCUGCCGCAGACAGGACAGCAGAAGAGCUGCCUCUCUCUCCGGGGAAGCAGGUGUCCUUGGAGGCACAGGCAAGCUGUUGGACCUGUCGAGGGGUUGGGAAGUGGAGCCCUGUGCCCUCAGCCUGCAACCUCUUUGAGGAAAGAAAUGGGGGACAGAGUAAGAGACCCCUAGAAUUGCUCUUCAUUUCCUAGAACCCCACCCCCAAUCCUUCGAUAUCCUCCCCAGCUUUCUGGCCCCUUAGCCAUCUUUGAGCAAAGGAGAUUCCAGAAAGGUGAUGGGGCAGGCUCAGGGGAAGGAGGACAGAGCCAAAAACUGGUGGGAAGAGAGAGGAAGAAGGACGGGACAUCCCAGAUGGGGACAGUCCCUUGCCCUGUGAGGAGUUCCACCCCUCCCAUGCCUUUCCCUUCCCUUUGAGAUGCUGGCUCUGACCGCAGCUUUUGAACAUUAAGCCAUCCCACCCUAUGCCCUCCAGUCCUUCCAGUGUGAACCCCACUCCUCCCAAACGUCUCCAAUUCCUACAGCAUACCUAUCUCGACUGUCUUUUAUAAUGAUUUUUUCAUUGUUUUAGAAUUUUUAUAAAAGUGUAAUAAACGCCUUUGAAAACUG